AUGGGAAAUAAUUUAGUUAUACCAAGACCGAAAUGGAAUCUCUUAUAUCUCAAUUAUUAUGCGAAUAUAAAUUUAAUGGAUUUAAUGUGCUUUUAACAGCUUGGAACAUAAAAAAUGAAUCAGUAGAUUGUAUAGUUUGGCCAGCUGAUUAGUAAUAUUCUAAUGUUCCAUAGAAUGAUAAACCAACAUUUUUAUCAGCGUAUGGGUAUAUAUUUUUGUUAGAUUAACCAAAAGUAAGUACUUAAGUAAAAUGAAUAGAGAGCAAAAUUAGAUAUAUUGGCUUAAAGAAAAUAAUAAGUUUCUAGGAUUAGUAGGACUAAUGAAAUCUAUAGCCUUUCCAAUAUUCUAAUCUAAAGACCACACUACAUAAAUAAAGCGAUAUAGCUAUCAAAUAUUUUAUCACUUAAAGAAGUCCGAUUCAGUUGCUAAAAUCUGCAUUUCAUUGAAUUUAAUCCUUAGAGAUGUACUACUUUUAAACAAAUUGAAUAAAUGGUAAAUUUAAUUAUAGAAGAAAAAGUGUUUUUAAAUUCAAUCAAAAUAAUUACUUUUAAAAAAGCUUACUUCGAUAAUAAAUUAAUAACCUUUGCAAAUACCAAAUUUAAUAAAUACAAAGAGAGUAUUUAGAUUUUUAGAUUGAUCUAGCGAUAAAUAUCUAUAUUUUUUAGUGAAGAAUUCCUUUGA